AUGCCACCUCGAGGACGACCGAUUCACCAGUACCACCUCGAGGACACACGGUCACCAGUACCACCUCGAGGACACACGGUCACCAGUACCACCUCGAGGACAACCGGUCACCAGUACCACCUCGAGGACACACGGUCACCAGUACCACCUCGAGGACACACGGUCACCAGUACCACCACGAGGACAGCUGGGUUGAGUCACCGCCACUCAUCACCAGGUCACGUCACCGCCACUCAGUCACCAGCUCACCGCCACUCAGUCACCAGGUCACUAGUCACCGCCACUGUCACCAGGUCACUAGUCACCGCCACCAGUCACCAGCCCCGCCACCAGUCACCAGGCCACCAGCCCGCCCACCAGUCCCGCCACCAGCCCAGCCACCAGUCACCAGGUCACCACCGCCACCAGCCACCAGGUCACCACCGUCACCAGCUCCACCGCCACCAGCCCACCAGUCACCAGUCACCGCCACUCAGUCACCAGGCCUCAGCCUCCACCGCCACCAGUCACCAGGUCACCAGUCACCGCCACCAGCCACCAGGUCACCAGUCACCGCCACCAGCUCACGGCUCACCAGUCACCGUCACUAGUCACCGCCACCAGUCACCACAGUCACCAGGUCACCAGCCCAUCACCGCCACUAGUCACAGGUCACCAGUCACCGCCACCACCAGUCACCGCCACCAGUCACCACCCAGUCACCAGGCUCAGCACCUCAGCCCACCAGCCAGCUCACCAGGCUCACCAGGUCACCAGUCACGCCACCAGUCACGCCACCAGUCACCAGGUCACCAGUCACCGCCACCAGUCACCAGGUCACCAGUCACCGCCAAGCUCACCAGGCCACCCGCCACCAGUCACCAGUCACCGCCACUGGUCACCAGGUCACCAGUCACCGCCACCAGUCACCAGGUCACUAGUCACCGCCACCAGCUCACCAGGUCACUAGCACCGCCACUAGUCACCAGGUCACCAGUCACCGCCACCAGUCACCAGGUCACUAGUCACCGCCACCAGUCACCAGGUCACCAGUCACGCCACCAGUCACCAGGUCACUAG